AUGGGUCCAAUGCUGGAUGAGCUUUAUGACCGUGGACAUGAGAAGUUCCGUUCACUAGGCGAAUUCCUGUUUUCCGACCUCCUACCCGAAAAGUCAUUCACAUUUCAGAGCCUGCCAUAUCCGAAUAUUGAACGCGAAGAACGAGACCUCUUGGUUAAUUUUCUCAAGCGCAUGUUGAAGUGGAUUCCUGAGGAACGUGCAACAGCGAAGGAACUACUUGAGGACCCAUAUCUGAGUUAUGAAAGCCCUAAAGACAAGAAGUUUGUGGUGCAGGUUAAGAAGCCAGAUAAGCAGAAGACCAAGAAGAACACCAAACUAGUUUGGUAG